AUGUGCCCCACAUAUCCAAAUAGGACGGCACCAUCAAACCCACAGCCUGCGGCUGAACAAAUCCCGCAGCCCUCUGCUGCACCUCUGCCACUGGAGGUACUCCCGGAGCCCCUUGUGGAACCACUGGCGGAAAACGAGCCAAUAACUGCGUCAGCAAACCCACCACUAAGUCAUCAAGACCCUGAGCCGGAGCACCACCCCAACCCGGAGCAGCCCCGCUCCCAAACCAACACUCGCAUCCACACUGGCCUCACUCGCCACGGAUACCGACUGGGUCACCGACGCAGUCGCCACACUCGGCACCACACUCUCUCCCGAAUCCGCCGAAGUCCACAAUCUCGGCCCCGCCUCCACGGCCUCUAG